AGAAAAAAAACGUACAACUCUAUCGUCAUCCACGGACGAGUGCGUAUCCCCUAUUCAAUUCAACCCGGGAUUUCUAAACCAAGCUGCGAGUUGUGACUAGAGACAAGAACUGUUACUAAAAAUCCCUCUUCGUCUGAUUUCGCGUCUCGAUUGUCUUCUCAUUGUCUGGCGUUCUUUAUUUUUAACUCUGUCUGAAGCGCUAUUGAAGGCAAACUGUUUGUCGAGAGCAGUGAAAUGAUGUGGAGCUCAAUCGAAAAUUUGAAGGAGAAUUUGAACCGAAUCGCGUUUGAAAUUCACGAGGACGACGAUGAAGAUGAUGCCCACCUGUCGAUGCCCCACAAUUCGGGUGAUUCGGUCGAUAGUUUAAUAGUUUCGCCAGCCAAUCGAAGGAUUUCUAGGAAUUUAUCUCAUUCUGAAUCGCCGAUACAUAAUUACCAUUCUCCGGUCGCUAAUGGCCUCGAUUCUGCUUACAAGACUGAGUUGGAAAAAUACAAAGCAGAAAUCAAAAGACUUAAAGAAUCUGAAGCUGAAAUCAAAGCAUUGUCUGUUAAUUAUGCUGCACUGCUAAAGGAAAAAGAGGAUCAUAUUGGGAGGCUGAGUAAAGAAAACAGUUCACUCAAGCAAAAUUUACAAACAAGUCAUACACCUACUGUGCCUAGACAUUCUUCCAAGGGGAGCAUCGAUCAAUUAUCAAAUAGUCAUCGUAAAAUUCUAGCAAGUAAAAACAUAGAAGGAAACCCAUCCAGUAAUGGCCUUUUCCCCCAGCAUGAUGGACUAAGCAAUGGAGAAAGUCUUGGUCGUGAGAAGGAACUUGCAGAUUUGCUGGAAGAGAAGAGCAUGUCUCUUGUAUCCAUGCAAGCGAGUUAUGAAUUACAGAUAAAACAAUUAGGAAUUGAGCUUGAUAAAGAACGCUGCAAGCUAGAAAAUAUUGAAAUGAAAUUAAAAGAGGAGCAGAAGUUGAGUGCAUCUUUUCAGCAGGAGCUAAGGUCUCUAAAAGUUGACAAGGAGAAAAUGGCUCAGGAGGUUGCUAGAAUUAACGAUGAAAUGAAUCAGAAAGUUGCUGAAAUCCAGCAACAUGAAUUAAAUCUUCAUAACAGGGAUACUAAACUAGCAGAAAAAGAACUGGAGGAUUUUAAGAGAGUAGUAGCUGCACUGCGAGAGGAAAACAACAAACUCAAGAAUGAUAAAGAUAAAUUGGAAGCUUCCUUGGAAGCAUCCAAACUUUUGACAGUACAGGCUCCUUCAUCUGGUGGUGAGGGUCAGUCAUCACCUGUAUUUCCAGAAAAGGAAGUGAUGGAGAAAUCACUACAAAAGCUUGAGAAUGAUUUGAAGGAAACACGCAGAGAAAGGGAUAAGGCAUUGUUAGAACUGAACCGUCUUAAGCAGCACUUGUUAGAGAAGGAAUCUGAAGAAUCAGAGAAGAUGGACGAAGACACCAAAGUCAUUGAAGAACUACGGCAAAUUUGUGAAUCCCAACAUGCUCGAAUUUUGCAGUUGGAGAAAGAUCUUAAGCAGGCAAAUGGUAGCUUGAAUGAAGUCAAGAUCCGUACUGAUAGAGAACUGGUGAAGUCAAAGGAAACAGUUGAUGAGCUGAAUCGAAAACUGGCAAGCUGUUUAAGCACAAUAGAUGCCAAAAGUAUCGAAGUCCUUAACCUGCAAACUGCGCUUGGCCAGUACUAUGCCGAAAUUGAAGCCAAGGAACGCCUGGCAGAAGAUUUGACCGCAGUGAAGGAAGAAUCCGCUAGACUUUCUGCGCUUUUAAAGGACGCAUAUGAGCGGUCAGAAAACUUGAGCAGGGAUAAGGAAGAAGCGUUAGUAAAGCUGUCAGAAGCGGAAACGAAAUUUGCUGAUUGGAAGAAUAGAAUGAAUAAGUUGGAGCAAGACAAUGAAAAACUACGCCGUGCUCUUGAACAUAGCUUGACCAGAAUAAACAGGAUGUCUUUAGAUUCAGACAACUAUGUUGACAGGCGAAUCGUGGUCAAGUUACUAGUGACCUACUUCCAAAGAAACCACAGCAAAGAGGUUCUGGACCUGAUGGUCCGCAUGCUGGGAUUUUCUGAGGAAGAUAAGCAGAGAUUGGGUGGUAUUGGACGACAAGGAGGCUCAGGAGGGAAAGGCGUUGUCCGGGGUGUCUUUGGUCUUCCAGGCCGGUUAGUAGGUGGCAUUUUAGGAGGUGGUGGUGGAGGUUCGAGCCCCACUGCCGCCAACAUGACUUCUUCUUCAGAUGACCAGUCAUUUGGAGAUCUAUGGGUUGAUUUUCUUCUCAAGGAGACGGAGGAGAGAGAGAAGAGAGAAGCGGCCGCUAGCAAUUCUUCAUUUUCUUCAUCAUCUCCAAGUGGGAGUUUUCACCAGGCGGCAAUAGCUGCAGAGCAGAACUCAUCAGACUCAGAGUUCUCAACUGUCCCUCUUACCUCUGCUGAAUCGAAUUACCCACAUUCUCAAUUUUCAAGCCCUCUCCAAAAAUACUAACCACAAAGGUGUACAGUUUAUGUACUAUAGAAUCAUUUCCCAGAAAUGGUUUUUAUUUUUUUGUUUAUUUAUUUUAAUAUACAAUAUUACUCUAGUAAAUAUAGCAAUGUAUAAUUCUUUUGUUCAGCUAUUACCAUUUUUUGUGCACACAAACAACCCACACUUCAUUUCAAUUUUGUAAAAGUAUCAUUCCAUAAUAAUAUUUCAGGUAUCUUGGCUUUGCCAAGAGCCCAAGAGUUUCGUUGUUUAUAAAAAAUACGGUGAUUUUCUUCUUUUUAAGUGAUUGAACAAUUCAAAUCUUUUAGUAGAAAAAUACGUAAUAUAAAAAAUAGUAACAUGAUUAUUACUCCCUCCGUCCCGUUUCUGGUUUGACCUACACACAUAUUAAGGAAAUAAACUUCCCAGGGGGUAAAUUUUACUUUUACUGUUUUGACACUGUUUGGACACUGUUUCGACACUGUUUGGCACUGUUUUGAUGUAUGAUAACUUUCCAUUUAGGGAAAGGAGAACUUCUUUUUGGGACAUCCAAAAAAGGAAAGCGGAAACAUCCCAACGGGACGGAGGGAGUAUUACUUAUCAACCUUCAAUCGACAAGUAUAGGAUAUACUCCGUAUAUUAGUAUGAACAAAAAAACUACUAGACCAGAAUGAAUUUAGAAACACUCCGUAAAUGCUAAAGUGCCCCUUACAUAUCAAAGUUUUAACACUAAUUUUCAAUAUCCCUUCAAGCUAGCUUUUUUUCUUCCAUGCCUUCAUGCCGCUUAAAUUGGUGCUGCUAGCUUUUCCCUCUUCCUCAUGUCACUGCAUCGCCUCCAGAGCCCAGCACAGCUACCCCAACCACCGCAAGCGUCUCCCUCGGCCCUCACACCCCAUAGCAGGCAGCAUCUGCAUCACCCCAACAACACCAACGACUGCCUGGCGCCCAACAUCUCCCUCACCGGCCAACUGUUGGCAGCAUUAGCAUGGCCGCGUGCAGUGUCUCCUCCACGCGACCACGCGUGGAGAACGUCCACAUCUUACCAUGCCACCCCUUCCACGCCUUAUAUAUUAUUAGUACUACUACCGGUACUACUUCAUUAUUGUCGAUUGUCGAUGGGUGAUCAAAGCUUCAACCACGCCAAAGCUGUGAACCACAACUUUGCCUGAUCCUGCCCAUCUAUCUCGAUGACAUUGUUGAAGCCAAAAGUUGAUUUCAACCAAUCAUCCAACGAAUCAAAGCAUUCCAAACAACCAAAACUCUGAACAUCAAACAGAACAAUCGAUCCUAUUCGACUGUCCAAUGUGCUAGAGGGUUAUCAAACCGCUACUUACAUUUUUAUUAUUCCUACGCG